UUGAAGAAUGUUUUUAUGCAUAUGCAUGGAUUUUAAAAAAUGCUAAUAAACUUGGUUGGACAGGUAAAACAAUUUUAUUAGCUGGUGAUAGUGCUGGUGGAAAUUUAAUAACAACUGUUACAAUAAAAGCAAUUGAAGUUGGUUUAAGAAAACCAGAUGCUAUUAUUUGUUUUUAUACACCAUUUCUUCUUUGUUAUAGUCUAUCACCAUCUCGAUUAUUGGCUAUUAUGGAUCCAUUAUUAAACACGAGUUUUCUAUGGCGUUGUCUUGCCGCAUAUGCUGGAGUCAAAUCUGAUGAUAAACCUCCCAAUGAUGAUCUCUCUUCAGCAACAGCUACUGUUGAUAAGAAGCAUAGAAAACGACAUAGACUUCGAAGUGGUAAAUCAUCAUGUCAAUUUGUACCUGAAAGCGAAAAUGCAUCUGACUAUACACAACCUGAUGUUAAAGAUAUUUAUCAUGCUCGAUUAAUUGAAAUAAUGGGUUCAAGUCAAGCAAAUCUUCUUCGAAAAUUACGUGAAUCAUCAUUACUAAAUCAUCCACAUAUGUCACCUUUACUUGUUUCUGAUGAAAUUUUACGACAAUUUCCAACAACUUAUCUUAUUCCAUGUGCACGCGAUCCAUUUAUUGAUGAUAAUGUUGAAUUUGCACGUCGAUUACGUUCUCUUAAUGUUCCUCAUCAUUUAAAUGUAGUCGAUGAAUGGCCACAUGGUUUUCUUGAUUUUGGUUUUGCAUCAGAUGAUGUUGCUCAAUUUAAUAUUCAGAUUUUAAAUAUGCUUCAGAAUAUUGUUCAACAAUCAUAUUCCAAUGAUACCGGUGAUGCACCUUCCAUACCAACUAUUAUUGGUUAA